UAAAGGCACCUAGCAACCUGUGAACCCUCCUGCAGCCCGUUCCCCUCCCAGCAGCCCCUGAUUAUUUCUUGCAGAUAGUCUCAGCAAUGUGCAUGGUGCUUGACAAACAAACGAACAAAGACAGAGUCCUUAGCUCCCAUGGGCCCAGUUUGGCCACGCUUAUUCCCGCUGGGUUGUACCACUAGUGAGGAGGUCCAUUCCAAGAGGGCUUUUCGCACAAUAAGGUGCCACACACCCAGUGGGGGAACUCCCUGCUGUGUUGAGCGUCGAAUGGCAGCAGGAGGCUGGAAUAGGGAAUAGAUAUGGGAAGUCACACCUGGCAGAGCGAGCACCAGAGCCAGGGCCAUGUGCCCACAAACACUGAAUAAAGGAGUCAGCGGAGCCUGCGGUGGCACCAGAGCAGGUGCGAGAAACGAGUCCAGCCUGAUCAGCCCAAACAACAGCUCUUGGGAUGUAACCAAGUAAAUUGCCAAGCAGGGGAGUCAUUAGAAGCAAGACAGAGGGAAGCCCGAAGGGGGAAAGUCUGGGACAGGGCAGCAGAGAAGUGGACUGUAGCCAGGGAGGGAUCGGGUUACAACAUCUGGCAAGAAGCCCCUAGCAGAUGGUCUCUCUUCUUCAACAUCUCUGCUUUGUUGGCCAGAGCAUUUUGCUUUCCCUGUUUUUUUUUGGGUCUGUGCUUGUGUUUUCUAAAACGACUCCAAAGCCAUCCCUGCUCCAAGCGCCGUGGGGCUGGGAGCAGCCUCUGUAACCCGCCUCCCAAAGAGCUGGCCAGGAAGUGAGUGCUGUGUGGAGACCUAAAGUGCUGCUUAAGAAGCUGAGCCUGUGAAUGGUCUGGAGACGCAGAAGUAGCCUUUUAUGGUUGACGGCAAACCUCAAGCAUCUUCUCACCACAUCGCCUUCCUCCAGCCCUGCACCUCCCCACAGACAGACACAGCCUGCUCUCCUAGCAAGGCUGCCUGCAGCAGGCACCCCCAUUCUGUGAGGCUUCAGGAGCCAGCUCUGCAGCUGCAACAUGAACCUGAAAACUGUCCUCAUCCUCCUGGUUCUGGCGCUAGCCACAAUUUUUGCUUUGGUUUGUGUGUUGCUGACUCGAGGAGUGAAACCGGCCAGCUGUGAGCCGCAGAGCCUGAGCAGCCAGGAGGGAAAGCACAGCGACCAGAGCCUGGUCUUUGCCGAUCUGACGCCAGAAGAAAUGGUGCAAGUGGUGACAUAUCUUCAGGAAAACCUUGGGGUGCCAUUGGUAGAUGCCUCUCAAGCAAACCCUUCUGAUAACUGCAUUUACUACAUCGAUGUGCAGCUCCCCACCAAGGCAGAGGCAUUGGGGUUCUUGGAUCGUGGGGGCAAGCGACCCCCCCGGCAGGCGCUGGCUGUGGUGUAUUUCGGAAACCAAACAGACCCGAAUGUCACGGAGUACGUGGUGAGUCCCCUGCCAAAGCCAACAACUCACAGGGAUGUCACAGUGCGGAAGUAUGGAGGGAAGCUGCCAUAUCACCGCAGACCAGUGACUGAGAAGGAAUACAAGGAUAUUGACCGCUUUGUCUACCAGGAGUUCUCCAAAGCACCAGGCUUGCUCAGAGAGUGCUGUGAUUAUGAUGAGACCAAUUUUGCUACCCUCACCACAGUCCCUCGGGGGUUCCAGUCAGGAGAUCGUGCCACCUGGUUUGUUCUGUUCCAGAACGUGAAUGGCAGCGGCUACUAUCUGCACCCAGUGGGGCUGGAGGUGCUGGUUAAUCACAGCAGCCUGGACGCCUCCCAAUGGAGGAUAAGCAAAGUCUUCUAUAAUGGCAAGUACUAUGAAGACAUGGAGCAGCUGGAGACUGAGUUCAUACAAGGCCGCGUAAAAGAUGUAAAAGUUAAGAAAGUCCAACCUGAUGAGGAAUUUGGUUCCAUGAGGCCCAGAGCAGCCCCCAUGGCACCAGGCCCUUUGCAAUAUGAGCCUCGUGGACCCCGCUACAGCAUCCAAAACAAUCACGUCAUCUUCCAGUCCUGGAGUUUUGCCUUUGGGAUGGAUGUGAAUACAGGGCCACGUCUCUUUGACAUCAAGUUCAAUGGAGAGAGGAUUGUCUAUGAGCUGAGUCUCCAAGAAGCCCUUGCUGUCUACGGCUCUAAUUGUCCCGGAGGGAUGGUGACUAGAUAUAUGGAUGGGAGCUUUGGCAUCGGCAAGUUUGCUUUUGAGCUGGUCAGAGGUGUUGAUUGCCCCUACACGGCCACCUAUGUGGAUAGACACUAUCUAGUUGAAUCAGAGACCCCUAAAGUUAAUAAAAACUCCUUGUGUAUUUUCGAGCAGGACACUUCAGUCCCGCUGAGACGCCAUUAUUCCAACUUGCAGUCCCUGUACUAUGGCGGUCUGACUAAAUAUGCUCUUGUUCUCAGGGCCAUUUCAACUCUCAUUAACUAUGACUACGUUUGGGACUUCAUAUUCUACCAGAACGGAGCUAUUGAAGUGAAAAUCCACGCCACUGGCUAUAUUAGCUCAUCCUUUCUCUAUGGCACAGGCACUGAACAUGGCAGUCAGGUUGGGGAACACACCCUAGGGACAAUGCACAACCAUCUCAUCAAUUAUAAAGUGGACUUGGAUGUUGGAGGAACAAAGAAUUCUCUGGUGGCUCAUGACAUGACAUUCGAUACCGUGCAGGCUCCUUGGAGUCCAGAGCACCAGAUACAGAGGCCACGGCUCACCAAGAAAGUCCUGGACACUGAGGACAAGGCUGUGUUCCCACUUCACUCCAAGAUCCCCAGAUACAUCCACUUCACCACCAACCGUGAAAAUAAGUGGGGCCACCAGCGCGGCUACAGGAUCCAGAUAGUCAGCUUUGCUGGGGACCAUCUGCCAGAAGCCAGUUCCAUGGAGCGGUCCAUCAGCUGGGGGAGGUACAAACUGGCCGUCACCAAACGGAAAGAGGAGGAGCCGACCAGCACCAGCAUCUACAACCAGAACGACCCCUGGACACCCACCGUGGCCUUCGCUGAUUUCAUAGACAAUGAGACCAUCGUAAAUGAGGACCUGGUUGCCUGGAUUUCUGUUGGCUUCCUGCACAUCCCGCAUACUGAGGAUAUUCCUAACACGGUGACUGUGGGGAACGGAGUCGGCUUUUUCCUGAGACCCUACAACUAUUUUGAUGAAGACCCCUCUGUUCACUCACCUGAUGGCAUCUAUUUCAGAAGUGACCAGGACCCCAGCAUGUGUAAAGUUAAUCCUGUUGCCUGCCUGUCAAAGACAGCCUCGUGCUCACCAGCCCUCCCCCCAUUCACCUACAAUGGCUUCCGGAACCAGACAGGUCCCUGAGCCCCUGACUGCAGGGCCUUGUAAGUGGCUGGUGAUUGACUGUUCAUUGGGCCAUGUGCUCAGGCUUCCAUCGAAAGCAGCAGUCAGCCCUGGCUCACUGACACCAUAGAUCUGUAGAUGGUCCUUAGGCAUCCGCAGCUGCAUAGGGCACCAUGAAAUUUGGGGCACCAAAUUGCCCCAAAUUUCAUGAUGCCUUAGGCAGCUGGGUGCUGCAUACGCGACAGCACUAGCCCCGGUGACCAGCCCUGUCCCUCGGCCGGCACCCCCUGCAAGGGGCAGGGCCAUCCCUAGGGGGUGUGGGGCACCGGACAACUCCCUCCGCCCUGCCUCUUGCCCUCCCCCUUGCUCUGUCCCUGGCUUGCUCCCAUUGCACCUCUUCCCCCAGCGACCCCGCACUCACUGGCAGCAGCAGGAACCGGAGCAACCCGGCCCCAGCCUGCGCUACUCCACCAGCUCCCAGAUGGUUGCAGCAGUCAGGUUCCUGGCAUGUUGUCAGCAGGGCCCUCAAUUGGACAAAGUUUGAAAUACCUCAUGUUUAAUUAAAGUUUUCCCAGGUCCCUUUUGAUUCAACAGAUACCUAGUGACCUGGUGCAGAGUUGCAGUUUAUCUAAGAGUGUAUAUAAGAGACUUAGACACAGAAGCUCUGCACACUCACUAGACGUGACCUGAUGUAGCUUCAAGCAAAACAUUCACUAGCAAGCAUCUGUCAGCUUCUCACAGGCCUACCAAGGAGCUCAGGUUGGAUGUGCAUUCAAGACCAAUUUUUAUUUCCUGUGACAUUUCUGUAUUGCUACAAGCUCUGUAUCCUCAUUGGCUUAGGUGUAUGUCAGUCAAAAUAUUACAGCUGUCAGUACCUUCACAUAUAUUCAGUAGUUACACAUAUGUCCACAUUAUAAAACACAGGAAAAGAUGUGCUAAUAAAAGGUAAGUUACAGCAGCGUCAUUUGGAAAAGGUUUUUAAAAGUGCUAAUGGCUUUAGAAAUGUCCUGUUUUUGUCUCCUGUUUUGUGUUGCUGUAAGGCCGGGUCUCUCAGCCUCUCCAGACUACUGUACCCCAUUCAGGAGUCUGAUUUGUCUUAUGUACCCCAAGUUCCACCUCACUUAAAAACUACUUGCUUACAAAAUCAGACAUCAAAAUACAGCAGUGUCACAGCCCACUAGUACUGAACAAUGGCCGACUUUCUCAUUUUUACCAUAUAACUAUA